AUGAAAACCACAACUCCUUUCUCUUCAUCCUCCUCCUCUUUCAUUUCUCAGCUCUUCCUCGUAUUCUUUAUCAUCACUUCUGAAAUUGCCAAUGUCGGAAAUGCACAAAACAUAGGAGAUAUCAAUAGAUCCCAUUUCCCAGAUGAUUUUCUCUUUGGUGUUUCCACCUCUGCAUAUCAAAUUGAAGGUGCCAUUCUUGAAGAUGGUAAAAGCCCAAGUGAUUGGGAUAUUUUUGUUCAUAACACCGCCGGUAGGAAAAAUACAGACACCGGAGAUAUAGCUAAUGAUCAUUACCAUCGUUAUUUGGAAGACAUCAGCUUGAUCCAUUCUUUGGGAGUUGAUGCUUAUCGGUUCUCCAUUUCGUGGAGCAGAAUACUUCCAAAUGGGAAAUAUGGUGGUGUCAAUUCAGCUGGAAUCAAGUUUUAUAACUCAAUUAUUGACAACCUUUUAAGCAGAGGGAUAAAGCCAUUUGUGACAAUCCACCAUGGUGAUCUUCCAAUAAUACUUCAGAACAGAUAUGGAGGCUGGCUGAGUCCUCUGAUUCAGGAGGACUUUGUGCAUUAUGCGGAAACAUGUUUCAAGUAUUUUGGUGAUCGGGUCAAACACUGGAUCACUAUCAAUGAACCGAAUCUGGUGACAAAGAUGGCUUUCGAGAAGGGAUUAUACCCACCGGGUCGCUGCUCUACUCCUUUCGGUAACUGCCCCGUUGGCAAUUCCAAAAUUGAGCCACUGAUCGCAAUGCACAACAUGUUAUUGUCACACGCCAAAGCUUCUAAACUGUACCAUGACAAAUAUCAGCUGGAACAAGGUGGCAUAAUCGGAAUUGUGGCAAACAUAUUUAUGUUUGAACCAUUUAGCGAGAGUGAAGAGGAUGUGGAAGCUGCAAGGCUGGCUUUAGUUUUCAAUGCAGCUUGGACUUUCGAUCCUGUGGUAUUUGGUGAUUACCCUGAAGAAAUACGUCACCAUCGGAAGAAUGAACUGCCAAGAUUCACCCAAGAAGAGAAACAAAUCCUAAAAGAUAGUGCUGACUUCAUCGGAUUAAACCACUACGGAACUUUUUAUGCAAAGGCUUGCAACUCUUCUACGAAUUGUGACUGUACUGAUUCCGGCUGUGUUUGGCGAGACGCCUCCCUAUCUGGCCUCCUCACCAUUACUACGGAGAAAGAUGGCGUUCUAAUUGGCGAUCCGACCGCGAUGAUUGGUUGCUAUGUUGUACCAAGAGGGAUAGGGGAGUUGGUGGAUUCUAUGAAGAACAGAUACCAUAACAAGCUUAUUUUUAUCACUGAAAAUGGUUAUGCUCAACCACAGCAACCAGAUCAAACUGAUGAGGACUUGAAGAAUGAUGUCAAGAGAAUUGAAUAUCACAAAGCUUACAUCCAAUCCUUGGCAGGGGCCAUGAGGAAUGGGGCUAAUGUGGGAGGCUAUUUUAUAUGGACGUUGUUGGAUGAUUUUGAGUGGUUAAUGGGUUAUUCUUUAAAGUUUGGACUUUAUUCUGUGGACCGUACAACGUUGGAAAGAAGGCCUAGGGCAUCUGCCGAUUGGUACAGACAUUUCUUGACGAAGAAGAAGCAAAGAGCUACAACAACUUCGUCUUCAUUUAGGGGAAGAUCUAAAUUAUUGCUGAAGCCAGACUUCGCACAGCAAAAUUAUGAAUGA